GCGGAUUGUCGUAUAAGUUAGCAAAUGUAGAAUUAUUUUUUUGUUCAUCAAUUUUUUUAGUUGGAAAUUUACAAAAGUAGUUUAUAUGAAUUUUAAUACAAAUCUUGUACAAAUUCUACAUAUAAAUUAUGCCUUCUAAUAGUUUGCCUAUGGUCAAUCAUCAAUCGCCUGAUGGAAAUCAACCAGCGUGUAUGAAAGUGUUUGUGCAACGAGAUUACAGUGACGGAACAUCUGUACGUUUUCAAUCCAGAUUCCCGACUGAAUUAGAAGGCAAAAUUGAGCGUCAUGCAUUUACGUAUACAAUAAAUCAAUUAAACACAUACUUCGCUGAGGCGGAGAAGGCCGCAUGCAGUACAUAUUGUGAAGGAUGUCUAGCCUGUUUAACCGCAUACCUAAUAUACAUUUGUACAGAUACCCAUUACGAGAAGUGUUUAAGAAAAGUAUCGAAAUUUAUUGCAGAAGAAAACGAACGAGUAUAUAUGCCACGUGGGUUAAUGCUAACCGAUCCAUGUUCACGUGGUUUACGCGUGAUAGAAAUCAGCUGCCUCGAUCGACCUCCAACUGCAUGACUGACGCUAAGUCAC